AUGGACAAUUUUGUUAUUACUAACUCUACAUUAAAUAAAAAGCAAAAGCUUCAAAAGCAAACUGACCAUCUCGUUGAGCCACAAAUAGCAAAUGAAAAUAGUAUAAUAAGUACCAACAAUUGCUAUAUCUUUGAUGGACAAUUUUUUAGUAUCAUUAAAGAAGAAAAUAAAAAUAUACUAGCCCAGUGCCAAAAAUGUACAAAAGUUAUUCAAGGACAAAGAGGAUCUACUGGAAAUUUCCUUAGCCACAUCAAGUAUAAACAUCCAGGGAGUCUUUUAAAAGUUAAGAAACUAAAAGAUUCUCAUAAAACAAAGAAGUCAACAGAUGAUUUAACAUCACCUUAUGUGAACACACAAUCAAAAUUAUCAUUUGCACAGUCAAAUAAAAUUUCAAAAACUAAAGUGACUACAUUGGUUUUUGAAUAUAUUGUGGAAGAAAUGCGACCCAUGGUAACCUGUGAAAAGCCAGCUUUUCGUCGUUUGAUCAAAGGUCUAUCUGGCAUCACAGAAAACAUAUCACUUCCUGAUAGACAAGUGAUGUUAAAAGAAUUAAAACUUAAAUAUUUGUCGUAUAUUUCUAUGUUGACUAAACUAAUUUCUGGCCAUAAAUUUAUAUGUACUACUGCUGACAUUUGGAGUUGUAACAACAAGAGUUAUAUGGGAAUGACGUGUCAUUUUAUUGAUGAAAAUACUUAUAGUAGGUCAUCUUACGUUUUGGGGUGUAGACGUAUAAAAGGCAGCCAUACCUAUGAUAAUAUUGCUGAGGUUAUUAACGAAAUUACUCAAACCUAUAAAAUUGAUAAUUCUAAAAUCUCUCACACAGUUACUGAUAACGCGAGUAAUUUCGGAAAAGCAUUUAGAAUGUUUUCUUCUCAAGCUGCUAUUCCAACACAUUCAAAUUCUGCAAAUGGUCCAGAAAUAAAUUGGUUUGGUAAUGGUGAUUCAUGUUCUGAUAAUUCAGAUGACGAGGUUGAAGUUGAAAUCAUUACAAUGGACUCGAUACUUAAUUCUGGCCGUUAUAAUGAAUAUAAUUUACCAGAACAUAUGACAUGUACAGCUCAUACACUUAAUUUAAUAGCAACUGUAGAUACUUCUAAAAUAUCCAACUUGUCCUAUAAUAAAAUUUCAACUGCAACUUUCAAGAAGCUUAAUUCGUUUUGGAACUUAUUGAGUAGAAGCACUGUUGCUUCUGAUAAAGUAGAAGACGUGUGUAAUUGUAAAUUUCCUGUUCCUAUAAUUACCAGGUGGAAUUCCAUGUUCUUUGCUGCUAAAAAAGUAGUUUCUUAUAAAGAUAAACUGGUAUCCACAUUUGAUGAAUUGAAAUUAAGCAAACUUACAUUAUGUGAAUGGUCAUUUUUAGAGGAAUAUUGUACUGUAAUGGAACCGUUAGCUAUUUCUUUAGAUAAAUUACAGAAUGAAAAAACAUGUUUUUUGGGCUAUGUUAUUCCCACAAUAAUUGCAUUAAGACUGAAGUUACUUAAUUUAACAAGUUUAGUUUAUUGUAAGCCAUUAUCAUUAUUGAUAGUUCAAAGUCUGGAAAAAAGAUUUCCAUUUGUAUUUGAUCUUGAACAUUUAAAAAGCAAACCUUAUAUAUUGUCAUCAAUAAGUCAUCCAAAAUUUAAAUUAAAUUGUAUUCCUUUAAGAUUUAUGUCAGUAUGUAAAAAAUUAUUCUUGUCUGAAUGCAAUUCAUUAAAUUUAUCUUCCAACAAUUUAGAUUCAAAUGUAGAACCUGUUGAUAACGAUGACGAUGACUUUUAUAAUAUUCUUAAUGAAAAUAAUUGUGAACCGUUUUCUUCUACAUCUACAAAUGUAGCUAACGUGCAAGCUUUGUCAUAUUUAGAUUUAAAAGAAAAAGAACUAAGUAUUUUGAACUCUUAUCCCAUUGUAAAAAAUAUAUUUCUUAAAUAUAAUACAACAUUACCAUCUUCUGCUCCCGUGGAGCGUCUAUUUAGUUGUGGGUCUCAAAUUUUAACUCCGAGGCGUAAUAGACUCAAUGAUAAAACAUUUGAAAUGCUCCUAUGUUGUAGGUGUUUCCUUAUAAAUAAUAAUGAUAGACAACAAUAA